AAAAUGAACAAACAUUGAGUUUGUUCAUCCUAUAGGAAUUGCACUAAGAAAGAGAAAGAGUGACCAAUUUAAGAGGGGGGAUAAAGACCGUGUUCAAGCAUCGGUCCUACACUCUUCAAACGCGCCUUUCCUCGAAACCAUCAAAUCCACCACCAUUUCCAAUAUUUUUUCUGCAACAAAAUAAAAUAAAAUUACUAGUAGAUGAUAAUUUGAAGAAGAAAAAUGGAAGGACCUCCAGAGAAUGAUGUUUGCUCAGUGUGUCAUGAUAAUUUCAAUCUUCCAUGUCAAGCUAAUUGUUCUCACUGGUUUUGUGGUGGUUGUAUUAUGCGGGUUUGGCAACAUGGAGCAACACUUCAGCCAUGCAAGUGUCCCAUAUGUCGCCGUUCAAUAACUUUGAUAAUACCUUCUGAGGCGUCUUCCGGGUACCAAAAUGACCCAGAAGUUGGUGAGGUUCUUGGAAAUGUAGAAAGAUACAACCGUCAAUUCGGUGGGGGACAUCGUAGUCUUGUUCAGCGAUUAAGGGAUUUACCAUUUUUACUGCGGAGGUUGGCUCGGGAAUUUACAGAUCCUCAAAGAACUCUUCCCCUUGUUUUCAGGGCUCGCAUGAUUUUUGCAAUGAUAUUAAGUGCCAUCUACAUACUAAGCCCCAUUGACAUCAUUCCUGAAGGUAUCGUAGGAGUAGUAGGUCUUUUGGAUGACCUCCUCAUAGGGAUCAUCUUUUUCCUCCACAUUGCUGCCAUAUAUCGAUCAGCUCUUCUUUCUCGCUACGGAGGUACUUAGAUUGCCUCCUGAACAUCGGCUUGUGAAGUUUAGAAGAAUACGCACAUACAUAGAUGUUCGUUAGCAUAGAAGCUUGUGAUGUUAUCUGGCUUUUGUAUCCCGUGUUUAAUGAUGUGCAAUUUUUUGUGGAGGAACUACAGAUGAAAAAAAAAACAACAAAUUGCUGUACCUUCAUUCUUUUUUUUUAAUGUAGUCGCCAGUUGAAAAAAGAUGAAUGAAAAAAAGAGUGGGUUUUGUUAUAAUUCGCCGUAACCGAACUACUGUUUAUGGGCUAAGAUACAACUUAAUACUGUUUAUGGGCUAA